AUGAGCCCCCCCAGAGUAACACAUUUAGAGUUUAUUCAUAUCUCGGGAUUUAUAUUUUUAUUUAAAGUAGGACUAUCUGAUGAAACUGCAGUAAAACAAAUUUUAAUUGGCAAAGAUUUUAAAAAAUCGAUCGCUUGCGAGAGUAUUAUAGAUGGUGAUAGUAAAAACGGUUUGUUUGAAUCGGCUAUUGACAUUGAAGAUUUAGAUGGCUAUUUGGCAUUAGAUUCUUAUGGUAAUCAAAAAGAUUUUUAUAAAGAUAGUUAUCUUUAUACCAAUUCCGAAGGAUUCUCUGUCUAUUUUACUAUUCCAGUUCCUGAUGUUCAAUUAAAAAUUGAAAAUGUGACCUAUUUGGUAAAUGAUAUUGACAUUGCUGAUAAGCCAUGUUAUAAUACAAUUUAUUUUAACUCUUCUACAAUUCCAAGAGAUUAUCCACUAAAAUUUCUUUUGACCGAUGAUAUUUCAACUGAAGACUUUCAAGAAAAUUUAAUUAAAGAAUCAACAAUCAGAUGGGAUGACCGAUUAAAGCUUUUUUACUGUGACUUUAUUGUGCCAAAGAACACAAACCAUAAAGUUAUUAAUUAUAAGAUAUCUUCACCUUAUAAAGGAGUGAAGAGUCAUGCAUUUCCCCCAUUAAGAGUUUUAAAGACUAAUUUCGAUAACGAUGGUCCAAUAAUAUCAAGUAUCACAAAUAUUGAUGGUAAAACUGGAUGGAGAAUUGGAAUUACUGACACACCCAACGGUUUUAGCAAUGGUUAUAUAAAAGCAAUCGGUUCAAAAGAUUCAUCAAUAUUCAAAUUUAAUUUCACGAUUGCAAAUGCCAUUCAAGGAGGUACAAUUUAUGAUGGUCAAUAUGAAUUUGUUAUUGAUAUACCCGGUAGAUGUAUAGCUCAAAAUUUUACAAUCGAAUAUAUCUAUUUAGAAGAUACAAAUAAAAGAAUUUCAAGAUAUUCAAGAGGUGAUAAGAAUUAUAAACCUGAAAAAGAUCCACUAAGAAAUUUCAAUGGAGAAUCUAGUGUAACCAGAGCAACAUCAACAUGUUCAAAAACUACCUUUGAUACUUCACCGCCAGAGCUUACAUCAUUCACACCAUCUACUAUAAGUAUAGACGUUGGAUCUUUAGAUAGAAACAUUGUUUUCAAAUUUGCAGCUCAAGAUCCAGAUUCUGGUUUAAUGUUAUCCCAAAAACCAAAGGUUUAUUUAACAUCAAUUAAUAUGGAAACAAUUGAAUGUGAAUCAAAUAUAAUUUCGAGUACCGAAGACUGGGCAAGUUAUGAAUGUAAAAUGGAAAUACCUUUAGGUUUUGGUUAUCCAGGCAAUUUAUUAGUAUCAGUUUAUGGCUUUAUUAAUAAUGAGGGUUAUUAUAGCGGUUUUGCAAAUGAUGCUCCUGAAAUUGGAUCGUAUUCAAGAAUUGAAACAACACUAUCACCAACACCAAUUCUCACAAGUUAUGAACCAAUGCUUUACUAUUCUACUUCAGAUAUUAUUGUAUAUGGUCACCACCUAGAUUCCGUAUCCUAUGUGAAUAUUACAUAUUCAGAUGGUAUUACACGUUCAUAUUCAAAUCUAAAAAAAUUCGGUAAAUCUGCAAUAGUUAUAGCUAAAGAUGAUAUUGCAAUUAUUGGUCCAUUUAACGUUACUGCAUUUUAUCCAACCAAAACAAAUACAAUUAUAGUUCUUCCAACUUAUUUUAAUACAACGGGGUUACUAAAACCAUUUGAACCAACAUCAACACCAGAAUUAACAAAAACUCCAAUACCAACUAAUAAACCACAACAAUGUUUAGGUUCGCCAUUAUGUGGAGGUCCAUCCCAUGGUAAAUGUGUUGAAAACCAAGGUUGUGUUUGCGUUUCACCAUGGAUUGGUAUUGAUUGCUCAUCAAGAAUUGUUAUUGUUGACCCACCUCUCGCAAACAAUUCAGAUCCCUCAACUGAAAUUGUUCUCCCCGAUUCUAAAAAUGAAAAUGGUAAUAACUAUACGGUCACUUACAAAUCAUUAAUUACAUUGGUAUCAUUAAGAGAAAUUAAUAUUUUUGGUGAUGUUAUUUAUAGUAAAUCUUUCGACAAAUGGAUAGUCACAACACAAGAUAACUCAACAUUUAUUUAUAAAACAAGUUUAGAAAUAAAAAACACAACUACUACAAAUGUAACAGUAACACUAAAAUGGUUUUCAAAUGAAACAACGAUAUCCUUUGCUGACCAACAGCUAUUAAUGUAUCCAUCAACAAUAAAGUAUACAAUUGAAAUUGGCAACUAUCCAUUCCAAAGCUCUCUAACUUCGCUUCAAUUGGUAAUGUCAGCAUUAUUACAAUCAAACACGACAGAUAAUAUUUGCUCAGCAAAAGAAUUUGGGGAAACUACAUCGGGCGACAAUUCAAAUUAUCUCAAGAUUCAAGUCGAUGAUCAUUCACUAUAUGGUAGAUUCAUUAAAAGAGGUUUUAUAGAUUCCACAAUAAAAUCAGUUUCAAAUAUUUUGUUAGACAAGGAUAUGAAUCCAAUCACAUCAACCCAAACACUACAGUCAUAUAUAGGUAUUCAAAUUGAUAACUUUAAAGAAUCAGUUAUUAUUGACCCUGAUUUUUCAGUUCUAUUGGACUCAUCUAGCGCCUCAUCUAAAACCAAUUCAAUUUGCUUAAGAAAAUCAAAAUUAACAGGUUCUCAAAUUGCAGGUAUUGUUAUAGGUUGUGUGGCAUUUGUUGCAGUUGUAUCAAUUUCAAUAGUUUAUACCAUAUAUAAAAAUAAAAAAAACAAGCAAUUUAUGAAGGAUGUUGCUGUUAAAUUAGGCCAACUAAACAAUUAA